AAUAAAAAACUGGAAGAGUUAUUGAAUGAGUAAUCUGAUUGGGCUUUGAGUCUACAAGUACAAAUACUCGUCAUUUGAAUUCUCAUUUUUUUUAUAUUUCUGGUUUAGGGGUUUCUUAGUCAAGUACAUAGAUAAAUAAACACACAAAAACAAAAAAAUGGAUUUAGUGAAUCAUCUAACUGACAGAUUAUUAUUUGCAGUACCUAAGAAGGGAAGACUUUACGAAAAAUGUAUUGGCUUGUUAAAGGGUGCUGAUAUAAAAUUCAAUAGAAGCAAAAGAUUGGAUAUUGCUUUGUGCACUAAUUUGCCAAUAGCAUUAAUUUUUUUACCAGCAGCAGAUAUUCCAACAUUUGUGGGAGAAGGCCGUUGUUCUCUUGGUGUUACAGGAGUUGAUCAAGUCAAAGAAAGUAAUGUUGAUGUUGACUUAGCCAUGGACUUAUUAUUUGGUAGAUGUAAGUUACAAUUACAGGUUCCAGAAAAUGGAGAACUUAAAAAACCACAAGAUUUUAUUGGAAAGACAAUUGUUUCAAGUUUUACAAGCUUAACAAGAGAAUAUUUUGAAAAAUUAGAAGGCAAAAAGGAUAUUACUACCAAAAUUAAAUAUGUUGGUGGUUCAGUCGAAGCCUCUUGUGCAUUAGGAGUGGCUGAUGCAAUUGUUGAUUUAGUUGAAAGUGGAGAAACCAUGAGAGCAGCAGGUUUGAUAGAUAUUGAUACUAUAUUAGAUACCUCAGCACACUUGAUUAUUUCAAAAAACCCAUCUCAUCCAGAAUUGGUGAAUGUUAUCAAAAGUAGAAUUGAAGGUGUUUUAGCUGCACAAAAACAUGUGCUAUGUACUUAUAAUGCACCAAGAUCAAUAUUGCCAACGGUUUUGAAAUUAACACCAGGUAGAAGAGCUGCAACAGUUUCUCCAUUAGAAGUUGACGAUUGGGUCUCUGUUUCAUCGAUGAUCGAAAGGUCUAAGUCUGGAAUCAUCAUGGAUCAAUUAAAAGAAGCCGGUGCAUCUGAUAUUUUAUUAUUUGAGAUAUCCAAUUGUCGUGUUUAGUGGCCAAGCAAUAUGAUUGGAUUUUUUUUAUAGAAAAUAGAAAUAAGACUUUUAUUUAGAAUUUACUUAAAAUGAACAGUUUUUGACCAUUGAGGAACAAAUUAAAAAUUUUGAUGGGUAAUUAGCUCACCAAAUAACGUUCAUAGAUGCAAUCAACCUCAAAAACCAUAUAGAUAGAUUUUAAGCAGUAGAAACAAUU